ACCAAAUGGGAAAACGGCGUCGGCCUGAGGAAGUUACCACGAUCGGAUGUCGGAUCCACCUUCGCGGGUGUUUCAAGUUUCAUAACAAUUAACAAAACAACAUCGGCUUCGUUUCGUUGAGAAUCAUGAGGCCAAAACGACGCCCGCCUUCUUCACCUUUCUAAUUCCACGCGCUACUGCUCCUCCUCGAAUAUACCAAUCGCUUUCCUCUCCUCCUCCUCUACCGCCCACGCUUCCAUGAUUCUUCUGCAUUAUUCCAAUCGAAUCUGUUUCUGGUGUCCUACUGCCUGCCGGAUUGGCCUGGGGUUUUCCUCUUCCGUGGAUACCAUAAUCUUCUAAUUUUCUUUCUUUUUUAUUUUUGAUUUGUUGGGACGAAUUUUUUUUUUCUGCGAAGAAAUAUGGCUUCGAGUUUUGAUCGGUGGGAAAAGGAUCCCUUUUUCUCAGCCGCCGAGGAAGUUCAAGAAUCUGCCGAUAGGAUGGAAUCGACUUAUAGAACGUGGGUACAUGCAUCCAAAGAUGAAUCAAGCAUUUGGAACUGUGAUGAGCUCGGUAGGGAUUUACGCACUGCUCUUGGCACCACCAAAUGGCAGUUAGAGGAGUUCGAACGAGCUGUGAAAUCAAGUUAUAUUAAUAACACAAAUGAAGAUGCGAGAGAUAGGCACCGGGAAUUUAUUGUAGCAAUUGAGGAUCAGGUUUCAAAAACUGAAAAUUCGUUACAAGAAGUUUCUGAAUCAAAGGGAAAAUCUUCACUGCCUUGGAUGCGGCUGGAUGAAGGUGAAAGCAACGAACUCGCAUUGUUUCUUUCAGGACCUUCAACAGGAGAAGAUAAAACUGUUGUUAACAAUGUUGUUAGUGACAAUGGAAACUCACAAGCAAUGGAUGAGGAAUCAGCACCAGCUUGUUCGAGUAACUCUCUACAAUCAGCUGACCGGGGUGACUAUCGGGAGGAGAAGUCCCAUGGACACCGGAGGACAGCUAGCGCUAGUCCUGACAUUGGUUCCUGGAAGAUUGCAAUUUCCGGGGUUGAUUUCCAACAAGGUUCUUUAAAUGGACAAUCCCAACCUGUACGAAAGAUCCCAAGUUUUUCUGGGCUUUUAAGUACUGUCGAGUCUGCACCAAAACUCAAGUGGCCAAAGAAUGGCUUUAGGAAGUCGAAAGUAGUAGAUAGGCAUCAAGAAACUAAUUCGACAUUGUUGCAAUCCCCUCAAUCAACCAGGGGUAUAAUUGCUGGAUAUGUAAGAAAUAAGAGUUGCUUAGAUAGCUGUGAUGAUUUUUAUGAUAAGCAACUCUAUGGCUGGUAUGGAUCUAUUCAGAGACAGUUUCAGAGGUCUCUAUAUCAAAUGCAGUAUAGUAGGCCUGUUCAAGUGACUUUUUCAACGAUUCUCAUUCUAUUGAUCGUUUUGGUUGCACUUCGUUUGCUAUGAGGAGCCAUUAUUGUCGACCAAUUUGUUGUAGUAUUAUGGCAGUAAGAAGUGGACGACGGUGGACGAUGAUCUCGCCAUUGUUGAGAUAUCUUUGUUUGCCGCACAGCAGCUUUGUACAUUAAACACUUUCUAAGAUGUAUGUAUCCAUAGUUGAAAUAUGCUUUAGUCACUGUUGUUAUUUACCAAAGUGUUAUUUAGCUGAUCAAGAGUUAAAAAGGUCUGUACGAGAGACAAAGGAAAAGGGCUAGGGGCUAACCAUUGAAUCUUUUCCCCCUUUAUUCCGUGUCUUUGGUCCUGUUUCAAAUCUAUAUUUCUUUU